AGCAUGUGAAUAGCUAUCUUGCUUUCUCCAGAACAUAACAAGGCCAUCUCUCAAGAUGCCGCCUCUCCCAAUGCGGAUCAAGACGUCGCACCUUGGUUCUCAAUGCGCCAAGUUUCAUACCACUCGACGUCUUCUCCAAUCGCCGACCAAAAUCGACGUUGAAGCUCUACUAGCAAGACCGACAUGGUCUCUUGAAUCGCUCCUUCCUCCUUCGACACCUGCCGCCUCGACUCCGAUCAUAACUUCGAAACAACUGCACCAUCUCCUCCGCCUCUCUGCUCUUCCGCCGCCAAGAGAUGCCGACGAAGAAGCAAAAAUGCUGUCCUCUCUCUCUAAACACCUGCACUUUGUCAACGAGAUCCGAAAAGUAGACGCCUCGCAUGUCACGCCUCUUCAGAGCCUCCGUGACGAGACCGCUUCGGGGCUCAAAGAGCAAGAAAUCUCACUAGAUGAUCUGAAAAUUGCUUUUACCAAAGAACAAGUCAGAGGAGAGUACUACAAGAGGAUCAGAAGAAAUCAGGACGCCGCCGAGGAAGGUGAGAGUGCAAAGACAUGGGACGUCCUUGCUGCUGCGAACAACAAGGUUGGGAGGUACUUUGUUGUCAAUGGUGGAAAAGAUGCCUGAUCUCUGCACGACGUCUAUCCUACUCUUGAUUGGCUGCCUGCGAUGCGCCACCGCUUGACCCAUCGCCUAUCUCCGCCAACCUGAUCAAUCUGCCUUGGACAUGCUAUCUCCUUUCAUCCACUCACAGCUUGUGCCUUCAAGGCUACGAGAUCAGCAGUGCAGCAGCUCUUGAUCCUGCGUGAUCU